UGAUGCUUUAAGUUUAAAGACAAAAAGUUUUCAGUUUCCUAUCAUAGACGCCAGGAAACUCUUUGAUCUAACUUACCUGGUCGACGAUGUUACUAAAGCCCGGAAGCAAGGCUGUCUCGCCGAAGAAGAGUCUCCAUCGUGACUCGGCCUCAACAUCUCAACAACAAUCUAGCAAAGAUAUGGAGAAACAAUUUGAUCAAAAGACAAAGAAGGUUGAGGGAUAUCUAAUAAAAACAGAGUCGUCUCUCACCAUCAAUCUUAAUACCCGACUCGUACACAGUACCAUGAGCUCACGAAGCAACAGCAUGGAAAGCACAUCAUCCAACAAGCCUCACACGGGAGGAGAUAUCAGGUGGGACGCGGUGAACUAUCUGAAAGCGAGAGGAGUCAAGCUCGGAAUCAGCGAUUUCCGCGUUCUGAAACGGCUAGGUUACGGAGAUAUAGGAAGUGUUUAUCUCGUUGAGCUCAAAGGAGCACACAAGACGACGUACUACGCGAUGAAAGUGAUGGAUAGGGCUUCUCUUGUGAGCAGGAACAAGCUGUUGAGAGCUCAGACGGAGAGAGAGAUCUUGUCUCAGCUUGAUCAUCCUUUCUUGCCUACUCUUUACUCUCACUUCGAGACUGAUAAGUUCUAUUGCUUGGUCAUGGAGUUUUGUAGCGGAGGCAAUCUUUAUUCCUUGAGACAGAAGCAACCUAAUAAAUGUUUCACAGAAGAAGCUGCAAGGUUCUUUGCAUCAGAAGUGCUACUAGCGUUAGAAUACUUACACAUGCUCGGAAUCGUUUACCGUGAUUUAAAGCCAGAGAACGUUCUGGUUCGAGACGACGGUCACAUCAUGCUCUCCGACUUCGACUUAUCUCUCCGUUGCUCAGUCAACCCAACACUCGUCAAAUCUCCCUCCGUCCACGUCAGCAGCAGCAAAACCACCACCGGAAUCAUCAACGACGACGCGGCGGUCCAAGGAUGCUACCAACCAUCAACCUUCUUCCCGCGAAUCCUCCACUCCUCCAAGAAGAACCGAAAGUCAAAAUCCGACAUCGGCGAGGGAUCACUACCGGAACUCAUGGCAGAGCCCGCGAACGUGAAGUCAAUGUCUUUCGUCGGGACUCACGAGUACUUAGCGCCGGAGAUUAUACGCAACGAAGGCCACGGGAGCGCCGUGGACUGGUGGACGUUCGGGAUCUUUAUCUACGAGCUUCUCCACGGAGCGACGCCGUUUAAAGGGCAGGGAAACAAAGCGACGCUUUAUAACGUGAUAGGGCAGCCGCUGAGGUUCCCGGAGCAUUCUCAGGUGAGUUCCACGGCGAAGGAUUUGAUCAAAGGUUUGCUGGUGAAAGAGCCACAGAAGAGGAUCGCGUAUAAGAGAGGCGCGACGGAGAUCAAGCAGCAUCCCUUCUUUGAAGGUGUGAACUGGGCGUUGAUCCGGGGACAGACCCCGCCGCAUGUGCCGGAGCCGGUGGAUUUUUCGUGUUACGAGAGGAAGGAGAAGGAGAAGGAGAAGGAGUUUUUGCCGGUGUUGGCGGCGGCGGUCGCAGACGGAGGGAAGGAGAAGAAGGUGUGUGAUAAAGCUACACGGGCUGGGAGUGAUCCUGAUUACAUCGAUUUUGAAUAUUUCUAGCAACAACGAGGAUCAUAUUUAUAAGAUUUUUUUCUUUUCUUUACU